CAUAAACAAUUAAUAAACAGCCACCAAGAGACACAGACUAUUCAACAAUAACAAGAAGUGCAAAGUGUUUUAUGAUAUCAAAAAGAAAAAAAUAAAAAUAAAAAAAGAAGUAAAACAUAAAAGAUAAAUAAGAAAUCUCUGCUGUGACAAAUUAAUCAAAAUAAGAGUAUAAUUGAAAAGUACUUUCUCUCAGUUUUCAUCAAAAGUCAUAUUAAAAUCAUUAAAACGCGUCCAAUGGCUAAUAUUGUCAAACAAAGCGGCCGAAUUAUGCCGCAGGUCGUCAAACAAGCGGCUUGCCUUUCUACCUCAGCGUGCCGUCAACAAGAACCUCGAGGUCAAACUAAGGCGAAGAGUACACGUUUCAUUGAAUUCCAGAAGAAACUGCGCGAAAAGGCGCCGUUCGCUAGCUUCGAUGAGCUAUCGCGUCAACCUUUCCAAGAGAUUGAAGCUUUACGGCCAUGGCCCAAUAACACGAAUCCAUAUACCGGUGAAAUUGGUGGUCCAUCCGGUCCCGAGCCCACUCGCUACGGCGAUUGGGAACGUAAAGGACGUGUCUCAGAUUUUUAGUUUACUUUAAUAGUCCUUGUAUAAUUUACUUACAUUAUUUAGAUAACGUAUUUUAGUUUUAAUAGCGCGCAUAAAAAUUCAUUGCAUUUCUUAAUUUGCAAGACUUCACGCCGCAACUACUACUACUGUGAUUGUUGCAAGUCUUGCUACUUAGGCUGACUGGUGAACUUUUCAAUGUUGUUUAUUACAACUACACACGAACCAGCAACACAUCCUAGUAGACUGUAUUUUAUCAUAAUUAUAAUCAUCGUAUAUUUAGAAAAAAAAAAAAAAAA